AUGCAAACCUCUAUGUUGCUCAAUACCUCACCUGAAUUCGAGAUGGCAGUCUACACAAUUUGUGCGCUGAACGGAGGACAGUGUGAGAUGACCAUCAACAACCAACCUGUGGGCAUCUUUGCCAGUACCCUCGUACAGAAUGGUGUAACAGUGAUUGAUCAGUGUUACCCCGCCAUAUCCGGGUCUGCUCCUAAAACGACGAAGAAGUCUGGAGGUACCACUAAGAAGCCAAGUGCCAGUGAUCCUGAUCUGCAGAUCCUUGUGGAUAACAUGCGAGCUGCCGAUGUCGACAAGGCCGGUCCUAAUGACUACACUCUGGACUGGGGUAACAAAGUUUCAGGAAACAAGAAAACCAGCCCGAAUCAGCUCUUUGCCUACGUCAACGAGACUCUUUUCCAACGACCUGUCUACGCCACUUUGAUCGAUGUGUUCAACAGGAAUCUUUUCACUCCUGAGGUGUGCACUGCUGAGCAAGCAAUGACUGGAUUCCGCAAAGCCGGACUGCAGCAGGUCUUCGACACAUGGACCGCUACGGAAGUCUUCAAUUUAGCCUUUCAGUACCUGCAAAAGAAAGGAUACAGUCACGCAACAGACAUGGCAACAUUGAAGACAUUCCUUUGGAACUUGUGGUUCGGCACCUACUCGCGCUGUAGCGGAGCACUUGGAAGUUCUGGAUGGGAAACAUGUGUUGUCGGGAGAAUGCCGAAAGGAACCACAGUUGAUGGGCAGCAUGAUUGGGCUAGAUACUACCUGCUCCAGAAAGCGGGAAACAUCACCUAUCAUGGGUACUUCUCGUACGUCGUUAACCUUACUGGCACAUUCCAAUACACUUGGGAAAACGAACUCAAGCAAGAAGGUGGUUUCCUCAUUGGCACCUCGCCA